UGCGCGAAUUAUUUGUCGUCAGCUGCUGUUAUCUUUUUUGCACAAGUGUAGGUAUAGCCUAUAUACCGGCGUCCCUGCAGUCUAUUGAGACGCGAGAGUCCAUCAUCAUCAUCAGGCAGUAGUGGCACUAGGUAUUUACAUACCAGUAGUCCAUACUUCAGUGUACUGGUCCAGUUCAGGGUACCUAAUACCUAAACAAAACACACAUACCUGUAGACCUAUACACACAUUAAGCCACUUAUAAAAAGUGCCCACACACACACCUCUCCCGCGGGAGAGAGAUCAUUAGAUCAUCCUCCUUCGCAGUGCUUAUGCACAUCGUCGACAUCAGCAAUGUCGGAGGAACAACAGAGGACGCCAACGAAGACCCCCGAGCGCAGGAUCCUCGGCGAGUUGGGCAACUCGAAUCCCGACUCUCCCACCGCGAAUCUCCGGCUCCUUACCGCCCUGGCGACCAGCCUGAACAGCCCGUACAAGGAAUCAUCCUCUAGCAGUGGUAUCGAUCGCGCAGACGAGGAGAGCACGGUACAACAGGUGCUGGAUGAUCCUCCGCCUGCCCAGCAACAGGAUUCCGGCUGCACCAAGCUACUGCCGAGGAAGGAAAAGUCACUGACCCUAUUGUGCAAUAAGUUUCUAAAUUUGUUUCCUCUGGUAGUCCAAGAAAAUGUAAAGAAGGAAAUUUCUUUGAACACAACCGUUAAAGCUUUAGGAACGGAGAAAAGAAGGAUAUACGAUAUCAUAAACGUCUUGGAAAGCUUAGAGAUGGCUUCGAAGGCUGGGAAAAAUCUGUACCACUGGCAUGGACAGUCGCGUUUGCCUCUUACUUUGGCAAAAUUAAAGAUGUCAGCCAUCGAGCUUGGACUGGAGAAGCAAAUUCAAGAGAUACAAAAAGUCCGUAGAGCAUACAUUGAAGCUUCUUGUCAUUCCUGCAACAGUUCACCUGCCAAAUCAAUGGUUCCUCAGAGUCCAGUUGUUAAUAACACUUCGCCCGAUAACUCGGUCAAAGAAGACAAAAGCUUAGGACUAAUGUGCAAAAAAUUUGUGAUGCUCUUUUUGGUUUCCUUAAAGAACGGUGUUAUAAAUUUGGACAUAGCAGCUCAAGUUUUAUUUAAUGAAGCAGAUUCUGUAGAUGCAACGAAAACUCCGUGUCCACCAAAGUGUAAGACAAAAGUUAGAAGACUUUAUGACAUUGCCAAUGUUUUGUUAGCCAUUGGACUUAUAGAGAAAGUUGACAUGUAUAAUUGCUUUCUUCGAAAACCUAUUUUCAAAUAUACUGGACCUACUGUUGAUUGCAUUAAUUAUGACAUUGAAACUCAGCCAUUGGUUGGAAUGACUACACCAAGUAAAAGAAAUCCUAGGUCCUCUGGAACUCGUCAUUCAAGUAGAAUUGCUGGUAGACUGUUCUCGAGUACCCCAUCUGGGAACAAACGAGAGCCAAAAAAAAAAAAACUCUUUGGUUCAGACAGCAAAUUGGAGCGAACUUAUAGUUCACCGUGUUUUAACUCAACACGCGGCAAUGGUCCAAGUAUCAAGUACCAAGACGAUCCAUUAUUCCGAGUCGUUGAAAUGGAGUACAAACGGAUGAAGUUUAGCGAAAAUAAGCCAAAGGUUUGCACUACUCUUUUUCCGAGACACAGUUCUGACUCGUGCAUUUCUCCAACGAAAAUUGAAGACAGUCCUCAAAAAGCAAAGGAUUCAAACGUAGUAGAAACCACUCCAGCGGUAUCCAACGAAUCAAGCAACUUAAUCACUAUUCUUCCAAUGGUCAGAAAUGAUAAUCUAGUCAGUGAACCGCAAAGCAGUAACAUUAGUGACAUUAACGUGACGCCGAUCGGUACAGUACGGAUAAAUGUACCACUGGAAUUGAAGAUCACGCCAAUUGCGCUUCAACAAAAAACUCCAAAGUUCGUUAAACUUUCAAAGCUGGAUUUGAAAAAGCUCGUGCCUGUUUCGCACGAGGAUAUAAAAAUUAAACUGGCAUCCAUGAAACCAGUAGCAGUAACAGCUACGACGACAAGCACGACGACAAGACCAAACGUGCCGAUAUUGACGCGAAUCCCAACCAAGGAUAUUUCGCCAGGUGAAAUAUAUGCAUGUCAGGCUAUCAAAGUAGGUGACACCGUGCAAUUCGUCCCUAUUAAGAACAAUAGUAGUAACAGUGAUUAACAUAAGUAAACAGCUAUAUCUACAAUAAUCGUGAUUCAUAAAUGAAAGGUUGUGCCUUCCUAUAACUCGAGACGUAAUCAAGUGCUACAAUCUAAGAGAAUUAUGUAUUUAUAGAUUUUUUAUAGAUUACACAUGAGAGAUUAUUUAUAUUGUGUAUGUAAGUCUGGUGAUUUACAACUUACAUAUAUUUUUGACGAAAAUUUUCAUAAUCAUCAGUCCUGUUAUAAAUGGAGUCAAACUAUACAUUAUAUAUAACUGCAGGCUGAAUUCAAGAAGAUAUCGAGUCGCUUUUGUUUUACCAAAGCAUAUUUUGUUUGAUCUCUCGGCUUAGACUGUUGAAGAUUUAUGAAAUCAAGAAAAUUUAUAUCACAUAUAUUUUGUAGCCGUUAGAGAUGCUUUAUGAAAGAGUAAAUAUUUGUUUUUUUGUGAUUAUAUUUUAUGCAUUGAUGCGUGACAGUAGUUUUUCUUUUUUUUUUUUUUUUUUUUAAAAAAUUAUCAAAUCUAAAAUUGUUAUUACAAUUAUUGUAUAGAGGGGAAAAACGUAGUUUUUAAGAAUACAUAUACACAUGGAUAUAUAAAAUAUAUAUAUGGAGUAUAUGUAAGGUGUCCUUCCAAAAACAAAUGUAUCAAUAAGUUUUUUAAUUUUUAAAAAUAAUCAUA